UGAUCCACUAACUACGAAGCGAAGGCUGACUGGGGAAAAUGCAAAAUGACAUAUAGCAAAUGUCGGAGCAUAAUUCAUUCACAUUUUCGGCUCAAUUUUGGACUUAAAUCGCACCGCUGGAGCUCCAAUGUAACGAUGGCUCGUUAGGGCUGGUGGCGCAACUGCGAUUUUUUUGGAUAUUUUAAUUUAUGAAAAAUCACAUUCACAGACAAAUAUUGGUUUCAACAUGGGGCUGUGCUACAGUUUGCGUCCCCGGCUCUUCGGGGACCUGAGCGGCUCUAUUUCUAACGCUACCUCGGACUCGGACCAGCCUCCGGACGCCGCCGUGCCGACCCGCGCCGGGGGAGCUCGCCAGGAGGACACCGGGGGAUGCGGGGAGAGUUCGUCGCUACGCGGCGGCGGUGGUGGUGGUGGUGGCGGCGGCGGCCCGGUGCGCCCCGGGGACCCUGCUAGGCUCCCAGCCGGGGAGCACCGCCGUGGAGACACCGGUACCGACGGUGUGCUCAUACAAAACGGAGGUGGCGGUGGAGGAGGUGGUGGUGGCGGCGGCGGAGGAGGUAGCGGUAAGGGGACAGGGAAGGACCGCGGCCGACGCUUACAGCUGCUUCAAAAGACUAGCACCCAAAAGCAGAAAAACUGGGACAAAUUGCUGGUGGAGGAGAAGGAGGCCGAGAAGGAGGCGAAGAAAGUCAGUAAGAAUAUUGACAGGGCGCUGAAGGAGCUCAAACGGGAGUAUAAACAGACGCAUCGGCUGCUGCUGCUCGGUGCGGGAGAGUCCGGAAAAAGCACCAUUGUGAAGCAGAUGAGGAUUCUACACGUCAACGGCUUCAACGCGGAAGAAAAGAAACAGAAAAUCCAAGAUAUUCGGAAAAACGUGAAGGAUGCCAUAGUGACUAUAGUGUCUGCGAUGAGCACUUUAAUACCCCCAGUCCCGCUAGCCAACCCAGAGGACCAAUUCAGAAUCGAAUACAUCAAAAGCAUAGCACCUCUCUCUGACUUUGACUAUUCACAGGAGUUCUUUGAUCACGCAAAGAAGCUGUGGGACGAUGAAGGAGUGAAGGCAUGCUUUGAGAGGUCCAAUGAGUACCAGCUCAUCGACUGCGCACAAUAUUUCCUGGACAGAAUUGACUCCGUAAGACAGAACGACUACACACCAACGGACCAGGACCUGCUACGCUGCCGAGUGUUAACUUCAGGGAUUUUCGAGACGAGGUUCCAAGUAGACAAAGUGAACUUUCACAUGUUUGAUGUUGGGGGCCAGAGAGAUGAAAGGAGAAAAUGGAUCCAGUGCUUUAACGACGUCACUGCUAUCAUCUUCGUGGUGGCCAGCAGCAGCUACAACAUGGUAAUAAGGGAAGACAAUAACACCAACAGGCUACGGGAAGCCCUGGACCUCUUCCGCAGUAUUUGGAACAACAGAUGGUUACGCACUAUAUCGGUCAUAUUAUUCCUGAACAAGCAGGACAUGCUGGCUGAGAAAGUAUUAGCUGGAAAAUCCAAAAUUGAAGACUACUUCCCCGAAUAUGCUCGCUACACCAUACCAAAUGAAGCAACUCCCGAACCCGGCGAAGACCCGAGAGUGACGAGAGCUAAGUUCUUCAUCCGAGACGAGUUUCUUCGGAUCAGCACUGCGAGUGGCGACGGCAGACACUACUGCUACCCGCACUUCACCUGCGCCGUGGACACAGAGAACAUCCGGCGGGUGUUCAACGACUGCCGGGACAUCAUCCAGAGAAUGCACCUGCGGCAGUACGAACUCUUGUGAUGGGAGACCGCCUCCGUCAGCCUUCUGUGUUUUUUCUCCACCAUUCUGCAUCCUUGACGAACCCUUCCUCCUCCUCCUCCUUCUCCUCCUUCUCCUCCUCCUUCUUCCUCCCUUUACCCCUCACCCCUCCUCCCUCCCAAAGAAACCCUCAACAAACCCCCCUGACCACCCCUCCUGUCGAGGACUAUGAAGUACUACUGAAGUGUGUCAAAUCCUCUUCCUCUUCUUAACUCCUUAGCUUUUUGUACUUCUUUUUUUUUUUUCGAUUCAUCCCCAUUUCACCGACGUGAAAGGAAGGUUGGGGAACAAAGUUGUUGCGUGCCGCUUAUUUUUUUUUCUUCUUCUUCUUCUUCUUUUAAUCCUUCCUUUUUGAAUGCCUUGAUUUUUGUCAUUCCACUAAGCCUUGGGCUACCUCCUUUUUUUUUUUUGCCCCUUUUGUGUCCUUCUGUUUUUUGGCUUUGUCAUUGGACCUGGACUGAUGGGUGUGGAUACAUAAAAAAAAACACACCUACAGGACCUCAGUGUAGAGGCAGUGUGUGUGUGUGUGUGUGUGUAUUUGUGUGUUGUGUGUAAUGAAGAGAAGGAGGAAUGCCAUGUGAAUGAGCGCAUGCGUGUGUGUUUAUGUUUGUGUGUCACCUGCCGGUUCAAAGCUGGCAUCACCACCAUGACCUUUGCCCCCUUCCCAACCCGCUGCCCCCCCACCCUUUUUUUUUUUUUUUUUUGCCCCGUCACCCCCUCCGACCUGCUUCUUCUUCUCCUGGACGGCGACGAAACCGGAGGAGUGGACGGAGGGGAACCGAGUGGAUGAAGAGAUAAAUGCACUUUGCAUCAGGUUCCUUAAUAACUUUUUUUUUUUUGGUUGUUUUCUUUUUUCUUUUCUUUUUUUUUUCUCGGUUGUUGUUGUUGUUGUUGCCGUUGUUGUUGUUGUUGUUGUUGUUGUUGUUUUUUCUCCAGAGGAAGCAUACACACAAUGUAGCAUCACAAUAUUUAUUACCCUGUCACGAUGUUAGCUUGCCGAGCUGCAGGGUGCACCAAGCAGCCGAGAGACAUGUGGAGCGAAAGAUUAAAGAAGUGGGAAGGAAGGGGAGGCAGGAAACACGCCGCCGACGAUGACGCCGCCGCCGCCGCCACCGCCUACGACAUGAAGAAGGAUUUAAAUGAAGGAAAAGGGACUGAGCUCUCUCUGCACCUUAGCCCUGCUGCCUCCACGGACUCGGACUUGCCUCCUUUUUCCACACAAACCAUCCUUUUAGCUUAGAGAUACUGAUGGGAGGGGAGGGGACGGGAGGGACGGGUGGGCCGGGAGAGAAAAAUGUAUUGUUCUCUUUUUUUUUUUUUGGUUUAUUUUAUUUUAUUUUUGGUUUUGUUUUUUUGUUAACUUGUACACUGUGCAAGGUUGAAUUAUCCUGUACAGACUGUAAAAUGUAAUAUUAUUUUGUACAACUUAAUUGAAAGAAAAACAAAUCUACUUGUAGAUCUUCGUGCCUUGAUUAUGGCUGUACCUGUAAAUGAGCUCAGAUGUAAGUAUGUUUUCGACUGCGCUGUACAGCUUGAUGUCAAUCUCUAUCAGCAGCGGAAGACUGCGGGUAGGGGACUUUCUCUGUAGAGUUUAGUUUUUUCUGGUUUAUAAAAAAAAAAAAAGGAAAUGCUGUUUAGUAAAAAAUAAAAAAUAGGGAAAAAAUCCUAAAAACCUGUAUACAUUAUGCAAAUUAACCACUUACCUGCAGUGAAGACCAGAUGUUGCAGCGCCAUGCCUUUUUUUUUUUCUUUUUCUUUUUUUUCUUUUGUUGGUUUUCUUUUUUCCUCCUUUUUAAUUUUAUUAUUAUUAUUAUUUUUUUUUUGAAUUUCACAGCUUUAAACAAACAUUGGAAAUCCAUUGAAAGUGUCCAAAAUUGCAACCUGGUGUUGUUUUAAUAGGAACCAACGUUUUUUCGAUAUGAAGUGUGUCUGAGAUCUGUACUGAUGUGCGUGCCUGUGCGCAUGUGUACAUAAAACAAACAUACUCACAGACGCAUUAUGUGUGUGUGCGUGCGUGUGUGCGUGCGUGUGAGGGCGAGUGUGCGUUGUGUGUAAAAUUUUAUAAAUGUAUGUACAUGUAAAUUUAUAGGUCUAUAUAAAUAUAUAUGUACAAUUAUACAUGUUUAAUUAUGUGUGUGCCUAGGUGUACAUACCUAUGUAUGUAUACGGUAAAUAUGUAUACAUACACACAUAGGAAAGCAUGUUUAGAAUGGAGAUGAAUAAAUGAGAGCGUGCAAUAUUAGUAAUUCUUUGGUCCUUUGGAGCCAUAACCCAAUGGCACAGGCACUAUGAAUGUGUGAGCAGCACCCAACAAGACAAGCUCUUCUCCUUGUACAAACAGCAUCAGCCUUUUCUUCUGCUACAGUACACGUCUAUCCCCAAAAGAGAGUGAACUGACUGGAGGUGCAAAAACCUUGUUUGGCCUGGGAGGAUGAUUAAAUGACAUUUUUAUUUUCUUUAAAUAAAGAGGCACAUUAGAGGACUUUGCUUUAUUUCCA